AUGCAUAGCGGUGGGCAGGGUCUGCCCAAAGCCAGCUUCCUGGUGCUGGUCCUCAGCCUCACCAUAUGGAAUAGAGACCAUGCCCCUGAGGAGGAGGUCUGGGGAACACUCAGCAGGAUGUGGUUGUGUGCUGAGGGUGCGGCCGAGAGGAGCUACCCCACAUCCGAGGUCAGGGGUGGUGACCAGGAGGAGCUACCACACGCCCCAGGGCAGGGGCAGGGGCUGAGAGGAGCAAUCCCACGGCUGAAGUCAGGGGCGUCGGCCGAGAGGAGCAACCCCACGUCCAAGGAGCGACGGCUGUGCUGGCGCAGCAGGGCCGAGAGGAUCUAUUCUUUGUUCAAGGUCAGGAGGGGCGGCCGUGAGGAGAUACCCCUCAUCCAAGGUAAGGAGCAGCGGCUGCGCUUUCCUGGAGCAGCCAUGAAGAGACACCCCACGUCCAAGGACAAUUCCAUGGACUCCUACAAGAAAGCGAUGGAGUUCUAG